GGGGGGUCUAGAUCCGAGUAAACAAGCAAUUUGAACGUGCACUCUGAAAGAAUGUCUCCGUAUCCCGUCCAAAACGGUUGAGUUGAGGUGUCAAACUCGUCCUCCCGUUCUUGAAUAACCCGGAACGCAAGUGAACAAUGCGAUCGAACGUGCCCCGAGAAAGUCGCCCUGUGGGACACCCCGGCACGGAAGGGGACGCGCGGCGCGCGCUCCGCCCCGCCGCGUUCCUGCGCCGUCACGUUUUGUCCGCACGGUGGCCCCUCCCGCGAAAGCCGUACACGUGCUGCGGAUGGGCGGGGCCUCCGCAAGACGCUGCGUGCGUGGAAGGGAAAGCCAGACAACCUUGGACGGAGAAUCGCCUUCGGGAUGCGUUGAGUCCCGACGCGCCCCUGCAGAAAGUGGGAGCAGUCCCGGUGUUGACGUCGGCGAACGCGUCCGGCCUCACCCGUAAACAAGACGAGCAGGAAGACGGGAAGCCAAUGCCAACGCCGACCAUCAUUUCGUCGGGGAGGGGCUCCGUUUGAUCGCUCGGAAAGUUUGAAAUGGCACAGCUGCCCACCGCCGAGACCCCCGCGUGGGAGAAGGACGGCGCCCACGCGGCGGACAAAAGGUUCCCGCUGACCUACGUCGGCUGGUCCGCGCUGGACCGCCGCACCACGCUGCCCAUGCUGCCGUGGCUGGUGGCCGACAUCCGGCGGAGGAGCGAGCGGGGCGACUGCGGCCCCGCCACGCAGCCGCGGGAGGUGCAGCUGGUGGUCCACGGGCCCUUCCUCCGCUGCGUGCCGCGCUCGUCGUCCGGCGGCAACUGCUCGGUGUUCAUCUUCGAGCACAAGGCGCAGCACAUCUCCCGUUUCUUGCACAACAGCAACGACCUCACCUACUUCGCCUACCUGCUGCGGGCCCACCCGGACGACCCCAAAGCCGAGAUGUCCUGUCACGUGUUCAAGGCCUGCGACCCCAACCAGGUGCCCGAGGUCAUCAGCAGUAUUCGCCAAGUGUCCAAAUCGGCCCUAAAGGAAGACACCAAACCAAAACAGGAAGCGGACGAGGCCUUCUACAACUCUCAGAAGUUUGAAGUUCUCUAUUGCGGAAAGGUGACGCUGGGGCACAAAAAAGCGUCGUCCACCCUCGUCGACGACUGCAUCGAGAAAUUCCGCCAGCACGAGGUCAAGCGCAAACGCCUUCUGAACGGCCAGCGCGGGUCUGUGGACAGAACCCCCGUGGAAUUCACCAUCGGGGUGGGGGCAGAUCCGCUCUCCCACGUUCUGAACGCGAAGAAAGAGGACGGCGAAGGUCUGCGGGAGGACGGCGUGACCGAACGCGCGGCGGCGGCGUCCUCCGGCGGCGGCAGUCAGAGCAACCUGAGGGGAGCGUUCCCCGAGUGCAUCCUGGAGGAUUCGGGCUUCCAGGAACCGCAGGAGUUCCGCACGCGCUGCAGCAGCCUGGCGGGGAGCCCGCAGAGGAAAGCCGGAGACGGCGUCGGGAUGGAGGCCGCGCGGCGCAGGCACGCCAGCGCCCCCAACCACGUUCAGCCGUCCGAUUCGGACGCCAACAGAACCAUGCUCUUCCAGGUCGGGCGUUUUGAAGUGAACCUCAUAAGUCCAGACAGCAAAACAGUGGUACUGGAAAAAAACUUCAAAGACAUUUCAUCUUGCUGUCAGGCCGUCAAGCAAACGGAUCAUUUCGGAUUCAUCUGUCGCGACCAUUCCGAGUCCGGCCCCAGCCAGUACGUGUGCUUCGUUUUCCAGUGCGCUAGCGAGUCUCUGGUGGACGAGGUGAUGCUGACCUUGAAGCAGGCCUUCAGCACCGCCGCGUCCUUGCAGAGCAGCAAGACUCUGGUGCAGCUGUGCGAGGCCUGCCCCAUGCACGACCUGCACAAGCUCUGCGAACGCAUCGAAGGCCUGUACCCGCCCAGAGCCAAGCUGGCCAUCCAGAAAUACGUCUCCCAGCUGGCUGACAACGAGCAAGCGGACGUAUUCGAGCGAGUUCAGCGACUGAAGCCCGCCUCCGACCAAGAGGAGAACGAACUGGUGGUUCUGCAGCUCCGGCAGUUGUGCGAAAGCAAGCAAAAGACCCACCGCCACAUCGGGGAGGCGCCGCAGCAGAGCGCCAACAACUCGGCGGGGGACGGCGCGGCCACCGGCGGCCGCUUCAUGCUGGACGUCCUGAAGAACAAGGCUCGCUCCUCCCUCACCAGCUCGCUGGAGAACAUCCUGGCCAGGGGGGCCAGCCGGAUGCGAGGACGUCUGGGAAGCAUGGGAAGCAUGAGCAGCUUCGACAAACAGGAUGAAGACUCCUCGGGCGUCUCGCCGCCGGCUUCUCCGCCUCCUUUCCCGGACGACGACCCGGAAGCGGGCCAGCAGUUCCGCCGGCGCGCUCACACCUUCAGCCACCCGCCGGUGAAGAAGCGAAUCUCCUUCGAGGGGCAGACGGGCGGCCCGGCCCGACAGGCGGGGCUGCGCCGCCAGCACUCGGCCGCCCCGGACGUGCCGCAGAGCAGUCCCGCGGCCGCGUCGAGAGCGCGCAGCUUAUCGGAGAGCCAGUCCUCCGGCCCCCCCUCGUCCACCUCGUCCUCCUUCUCCGCUCCCACUUUCCUGAAGAACAUUUACCAGGGCUCGCUGGGCUCGCUGAGCUCGCUGACGGACAGUGGGAGCAUCAAGAGCAAUGGCGACGGCAGGAAGAGGACGCUUUCGGGCUGCAGCAGCGACUCGCUGAGCGGGCCGUCCCCGAGCCCCCGCAGGGUCUCGUGGAGGCAGAAGAUCUUCAUGAGGGUGGCGUCGCCCAUGGGCAAGACGGCCAUGCACCACGCAGAGCAGUCAGACGCCAGGGAGCUGUUGCCGCUCUCCCCCGGCGGCGGCGGCGGCGGCGCGGACCCUCCGAGGAGUCGAGGGGGCGGCCGGCCCCGGAGGACGGGGGCCGACUACCGGGCGCUGUGGAAAACGGCCGUGCGCCAGCAGAUAUUGCUGCUAAGGAUGGAGAAGGAGAACCAGAGGCUGGAGGCGAGUCGCGACGAGCUGCACAUCCGCAAGAUGAAGCUGAGCUACCAGGAAGUGGGCGGCGACUCCCAGGAUGCGCAGGCGUUGUGGGACAAAAAACUGACGGCGCCCGGCAGGACCACGGUGCGCCAGGACCGGGACCAGCUGUACCGAGCGCUCUGUCAAGGUGUUCCCAAAAGCCGUCGCGGGGAGGUGUGGCUUCUGCUGUGCCAUCAGCACCGCUUGCGGCGCCGACAUCCUCCGCGCCAGCCGGCCCCGGACACGCCCUACCGGGAUCUGCUGAAGCAGCUGACCGCGCAGCAGCACGCCAUCCUGGUGGACUUGGGUCGGACCUUCCCCAACGUGGAGUACUUCUCGGCCCAGCUGGGUGCUGGCCAGCUUUCCCUUUACAACCUGCUCAAAGCCUACUCGCUGCUGGACGCCGAGGUCGGGUACUGCCAGGGCGUCAGCUUCGUGGCCGGCGUGCUGCUGCUGCACAUGAGCGAGGAGCAGGCCUUCGACACGCUCAAGUUCCUCAUGUACGACCUCGCCGUCCGGCGCCAGUACAAGCCCGACAUGGUCUCCCUGCAGAUCCAGAUGUACCAGCUCUCCAGACUUCUGCACGACUACAACCGGGACUUGUACCAUCACCUGGAGGAGUACGAGAUCUGCCCGAGUCUGUACGCCGCGCCCUGGUUCCUCACGCUCUUCGCCUCGCAGUUCCCGCUGGGCUUCGUGUCGCGGAUUUUUGACUUUCUGUUUGUCCAGGGCACGGAGGUCAUCUUCAAAGUGGCGCUGUGCCUGCUGAGCAGCCACCAGGACGCCAUCGUGGAGUGCGACAGCUUCGAGAGCAUCGUGUCCUACCUGAAGUCGACGCUCCCCAGCCUCGGUCAGGCGCAGAUGGAGGAGACCAUCGCCAAGGUGACGGAGAUGGACAUCUCCAAGCAGCUGCACGCCUACGAGGUGGAGUACCACGUUCUGCGGGACGAGGCGGCGGAAGGCGGCGGCGCCGCGCCCGACGACUCUGAGCGCCUCGACAAGCUGGAGAAGACCAACGCGCAGCUCAAGAAGCAGAACAUGGAGCUGCUGGAGAAACUUCAGGCGGCGCGGCAGAAGAUCCAAACCCUGGAGAGCAACGUGGAGACCUUCCUGUCGCGCGAGAGCAAAAUGAAGCACGUGAUCCGCACGCUGGAGCAGGAGAGGGCGGCCCAGCACAAGACGGUGGAGCGCAUGCGGGCGUGCCUCCCGCCCGACGCGCUCGCCGACGUGGAGAUGACCCACAUCAAGGCGGCGCCGGCGGACGCCAAAGCCAAGAAGCCUUGAUGGCCGGCGGGCGGACGCGUGCGCGGCCUUGCAGGACGAUGUUUGCCGCGGGCCCUUCCUGGUACCCGCUGGGCUGAUUGUUGGGACCACAGCGCAGCGAGUCUACAAGUUCCGUUCCAACAGGACGUCACGCAAAUUCAAAAUAAUCCAGCCUGGAAUGAAAACUUAAUACAGCGCGCGGACAUUUUACAAUUCUCAACUGUCCCACGAAGACAACGAUUCGAUUUUUCAGUGUUUCCACGCACGUCCGUUGACAUCCUUUAACGGUCGCCCCCGAUGGCGCCGAAGAAAAAGCUCCAUCCCGUCAAUAUGCUUUGCCAAAUUAUAGGUCAGGGUUCGAACGGCAACCUUGUGUGUCGUCGUUUGAAUUUAGAGCUUCCGCUUUUUGAACUAUUUUGUACCUUUUUCCACUUCCCAAAAAGGCUGCGAGUAGUUUUUGGGGUCAAAAAGGAGAAGGAAUACCCGAGGAGUCGGCCCAGCACGUUCAUCGCAUUUGGAGUGCUUUUGUUUUUUUCUUUUUCAUUUUUUUCAUAAACGCUCCCAUUUCUUCUGAAUGGCGUCGCUCGAAACUUUUGGUGUUGUCGAAUGUAUUUUUCUUUUUCUUUUUCCGUUUCCAGAUAAAGCAAGUUGAACUUUUCGGAGCGCCUCCUCCUCCUCGGGGGGAGGAAGUGUCGCUUUCAAAAGCUCAGACAGGAUGUGAGGUCGUCUGCCUCGUCGGUUUCCUGCGUGACUGACCGCGGCGUCGCCGCCGCCGCCGCGCGACUUAAACAAAAUCAAACAAAAACAUUUUCAGGUGGCGCGUUUGAAGCCGAAUGUACUCUUUGGCUGCUUUGGCCAAAGCAAAAUCUUCUCUUGUUCCGCCGCUCUUUUCAGGCAAGAUCAUAAAAAUGUUUCAUUUAUUAUUUUUUUUUUUACAUAUUGUGCUUAUUAUUGUUGUUGUGGAGAAGUCAAAAUUGUGCGCAGUACUUGGCUGCGACCAGCAGGGGCACUGUUAGAUGUGAUGACUUCCAAAAAAAAUGGAAAACUUUUUUUCCUUGUAACAUAAAGACUUUUUCUGGAAUAAUUAAGCCUUUUUCCACAUGAAAAUUCAAACUUUAUUAUCGUUUUCUAUCAGAUUUUUCUUGUGUUUUCUUAAAAAGUCGACGUUCCUUAUAACUUUAGGGCUUUUCCUUAAGUUUGAACUUUUUUUGUACAAUUCUCCUCCCAUAAAAGACACAAUUACAGUGUGGCUUUCAAAAAGGGUGGCUGGAUCAUAACUGUUGUGACGUGAAUGUUUCUCAGAACUGCAUUUUUCCCUCCCUUGGACUUGUUUGAGUAUAAUUUCUUGGGGGAAAAAAGAAAAGAGAAAUGACUCCAACCAGCAGAGGCGCCGUUGAGCCAAUCUCAACUGCGUACCGAAGGCCGACACGUCGUCAGCCGCGGUUCGGUUUCCAUCCAGCCUCGAGCCAGCCAACAAUUAUUGAGAGUUCAUUUGACAGCGAGACGAGACUUUCGCAUCCAUGGAAAAAUAUUCAUAAAGUCACAAUCGACGACUUGACGGUUGCUCAUUUUGAUGUGUUUCUGUUUCCUCGCAAGAGUAUUGACGUCACGCCGUCGCAGUGUGCCGAUGUCAAACCGCAAGAGGAAGAAGUUGAGUUUCCAAUUCACACGAGAGUUGCCGCCACAUUUGUACUUUUGACGCGUUCGUGCCCGGCCGGUUGGCUGGCGUCUCACUUUUGUUUCACUUUCACUCGGUCCUGGCCCGACUCGAAGCAAAUAUCGCCAAAAUGAAAGCACAUUUGAUACAUUUGCCGAGAUUUGUUUCUUUGUAUUCUCAAUUUCGAAUGCUCCGAAUGAUCUGUUAAGUGUUUUUUUUUUUUUUUUUUUUUUUUUUAAAUGAUUUGAUCACCCUUGGCCUUGUUUUUGCUAAGCUAGCGAAUGCCACGUACACGUUUAUUCCACUUUGUGCCUCACGGAAAUUGUAAAGGAAAACAAACAUGUUUGAUUUGUUUUGGGAAAAUAAAACUUGUUUUUUUUUUGUAUGUUUUGUGGGAUUCUAACUUGAAAACAAAAAUAGUUUAACCUUAUAGCCAGACAUAUUUUACUUGCCCCUAAAGAACUAAUUUACUUCCCAAAAUUAGCUAAAUAUAUCGAAAAAAAAAUGUGCGUUGGAAUAUUGACGAUCAUUACAUUAAAUGUCCAGUGAGAUGACAUAUUUUUCCAAAACCUUUUUUCUUCAAAUAUUUAAACCUCAUCUUUAUAAUGGUAGUUUUUCAGAGAAUGAUCUGACUUUUUCUUUGCUUGUAAUUUCAGUUUUUCUCGCAGUGAGCAAUGAUAUGACCUUUUGUCUUCGAACAACACUUACUACGCCCUUACAAAGUAACUUUUUCUAUUAUAUCUUUAUGUUCAUUAAAAAAUAUCCCCAUUAAAAUUGCGUC